AUGGCUGAAGCUACUUCUACGUCGCUGACAAAAAGCCACUACUCAAAUGCUAAGCUUGAAGAUGAGGCUUACGAUGAAGAGUAUGAAAAACUUAGCCAACAAUGUAAAGAGCUUCUUUCUCUUCCCAGAGAGAAGGGUUGUGGCCACCGAUACAUCUAUCUCUACCAAGACAUUUGGUAUAUACCAACUCGAAUUCAAGCCAUAUGCUCUUUCCAAAAGCACUUCCAAGCAAAAGAUAGUGAUAUUAUCUUAGCUUCCCUGCCAAAAUCUGGCACAACAUGGUUGAAAGCCCUCACUUUUGCCAUUGUGAAUCGUAAGGUAUUUUCCCCUUCACAAAAUAACCAUCCCCUUCUCUCUUCAAAUCCACAUGAGCUUGUUCCUUUCUUUGAGUACAAUCAUUAUGUAAACAACCAAAUUCCUGAUCUCUCCAGCUUGCCUGAACCUAGACUCUUUAGUACACAUGUUCCAUUUCAUUCAUUGCCUGAUUCAAUUACUAAAUCCAAGUGCAAGAUCAUCUAUAUAUGUCGUAAUCCAUUUGACAAUUUCAUAUCGUUUUGGUUGUUUGUGAACAAGCUCGUACCACCAUCUUUACCCAAAUUAUCUUGCGAGGAAGCGCUUGAGAGGUACUCAAAUGGGACUAACGAGUGUGGUCCAUUUUGGACACAUAUUUUGGGUUAUUGGAAAGCCAACCAAGAGACACCAAACAAGGUUUUGUUUUUAAGGUAUGAGGAUUUGAAAGGAGAUAUUAGUUUCCACUUGAAAAGAGUGGCUGAGUUCAUAGAUUGCCCAUUCAAUUCUGAGGAGGAAAGCAAUGGUGUGGUUGAAAACAUAAUUGAGCUGUGCAGCUUUGAGAAGAUGAAGGAAUUGGAGGUGAACAAGACUGGAAAAUUUGUGCAGAAGUUUAAAAACAAGGAUUUCUUUAGGAAAGGUGCGGUUGGUGAUUGGGUUAAUUAUUUUUCGCCUUGGAUGAUAGAGAAAUUAUCCAAAGUAAUGGAAGAGAAGUUUUCUGGUUCUGGGCUGUCCUUUCAAUAUAAGAUCUCUUGGCAAAAAUUUCUAGCUGCAGAUUAUAAGGAUGAAAUCUCUGCCAUAACUUAAUGCUUCCUCUUCCACUUUAAUCGCCAUGUCAACUCUGGAACUGUAUGACCUCCUUCAGCUAAAAAGUAAUAUGUCAAGUCCUCAUCCAUAUUCGCAUUAUCAGUGGUGUAAGAAAGAUUUUUUUUUUUCCUCUUAAACCAAAAAUUCGUAGAUGAUAAAAUAGGGAUUUCAGACCUUCAGUUCAGGUUCAG